AUGGUCCAAGUACCCACGCCGCCCGCAUCGCGGCCAGGUUCAGAGCCUCCCGCAGUGAAGCCCGCGGAGGACUCGUCGGAGUUACUCCAGUCAUUGGAUGUUUUGCUGGAGCAGUACCUAAAUCUGUUGGAUCGCCAGCAGAAAUUGCAAACUGGAUUGGCGAAGGAAUUGUCUUCGGGAUUUUUGGCACUGGCCCAUGCGAACUACACCUGUCCUCCUGGCCGACGAUAUGGCGCCGACUAUUACGAUGAGAGGAUGAAAGCGACACGAAAAAUCUCGAUUCGAACCGAACAAGAUGAGGAUGUGUCCAAAGACAAGGAGGACUCGGAAAACGCAGCACAAUCUCACCCUGCAGCGCCCGAUAUUCAGUAUAACUUCACCUUGAACCGUAUAUCGGAGCGUACGCAUGAGCCCGAAUCACAGGACACAACUGAGACGGAGGAAAGUACCUCAUCAACUACCGAGCACCUACAAACCGAAGCACCUGCGCCGCCCAGUCAAGAAGAAGACGCGAAGGAAUCCAGCUCUGAGGAGACCAGUGAUGAGACUCAACCUUCCACCGAGUCUGAAUACCCCUAA